UUUCCCAGACCAACUUAACCAUCAGUAGACGGCUGUUCAAACAGGAGACAUGGGACUGUUCAGUCACCGAGGGGGGGAACUCGUCUCAGCGAUUCACCACAACAAUUCAAACCAAAGAAAUGAAGCCAAGUCGAACAGAAGAUGUUGAAUGCAGCCUGUAUUUUUUCACCGUCGCGUAUAAUUUCUACUCAGUAAAGGACCGGAAGUGCAACAACUUAAAUGACAACUGAAGUUAUCCGUGAAUUUUUGAUACCUAGGGCAAAGUGCCACACCUUCGCUUAGCGCAACAGCUCCACGACACAGCUGGCCAAAUGGGGUGCCAAUGCUGCAGGAUGAUAAAAAGUUACAUCUACGACCCCUCUGUCACGGUGGAUGUGAGGAAGACCGAUUCUGCGGGCAGCUCGCUCUACCAGUCCCAUCACUUCUCAGGCGGGGCCCCCAGCGGCGACCCGCUCAGCAGCCACAACAAGCAGAAGCAGGGCUUCCAUAACCCGGGCUACAGCAAGUCCAACGAGAGCACACUGAAACUGGAGGUGGACAACAACCACGUCAACCACAGGCUGCACGCGGCGCCCACUGCAAGGGAGCUGCACAGGCAGGCGAGCGCGCCACCUGCAGAGGUGUACAUCAUCCAACCAGAAGCUCUGGGACCGAGAUGGAUGGUACAGGAAAAAGGCCCGAGCCAAGUGCCUGUUUACCCCAACAUACAGGAGUACGAGAACCAUGUGAGCUAUGGUGAGCAGGGACACUGUGCAACAAGGAAUGGGUGGGACAGCUCCAUCAACGAGUGUGGGAUUGGCAGGGAAAGCCUGUCAGCAGACGAGACAGACGAGGGCGUGGGAGGGACACCGGAGUACCCGUGCGACACCGGGGACGAGGGUAGCGUCCUGUCCGUGGACAUCCACACCAGCACUACCAGCCUGUCCUCGGCCGACACCAAGGAUGAGCUCAGACUGCCAAAGACUCCGGAUGUUUCCACCGUCGAGAGCGGGAUCUCUGUGAUGAAGAGCGAGGACGAGGAGGAGUCGAGGGACGAGGAGGAGGAGGAGGAGGAGGUGCAGAGCGUCACGGACUCGAUGGUGGCAGAAGCUCUUGCUGCUUUGGAGGCCGCCACCGCCGGGGAGGAUGACUGCGAGUGACAAACUUCUGUACUUUCUCUUGCAAUCACCGCCUAAAACUUUGACAUGGACCUGAGGGCAACAUCACUGAGCGUCCAAAACCAAACCUGGCCACCCAAUAACACCUCCUGUGUUUUAAUCAAAGAACAUGACACGAAUGAAGGACAACUCUGUUUACAGAAAGCACAGAUUUUUUUUUUUUUGAACUCGCAGUCAUGGAUAAUUUUUUUUAUUUUGGUCACACUGAGAGAGUAUAAUGUAGGCCUUGUGAAGGAGGCAACUUUUCCAGUGCUGUGACGUUUGGAGAGAUCCACACAAACGAAGAGACUUUGUGUAGACUGUGAAUAUUGCCUGCAGCCAUAUCAGCCUGUUAGCCCUUUUGAAUCUAGUGUAUUUAAAACACUCCACGGUCCUAAUAAGCCUGUAUAUACUCACUCAGUGCUUUGCCAUGUCCAUACCGCCCCUGUACAGUAAUAACCAACAUGUUGCGUUUUCACCUCACUAUGCUAACCGCUAGCACAGAGUCAAUAAUUCCUUGUGAACACGCAGUUCUUGCCAUAGAUUGCCGUUUCUGCAGGAAUUUCGCCCUUCACCGAGCGAAGAGGAAAGGUCAGAGUAUGUUCUUUGUUUGUUUUAUACCAGCUUUUGUCUUCUCUCAUUAUUUAUAAUAUCUUCACUCGCAUCGUUUUUGAUCUACUGUGAGAAGAAACUGGACGUUGGUUAACCGAUGACGACGUGUUCCUCAUGCGUAGCUUAUCGUGUCAUCAUCGAUUUCAAAAAUUUCGAAGGAAAAAAAAUUGCACACUGUUCAUCAGACAAGUGUGCAUUGACAAAUCUUUUUUUUGUUUUUCUUUAUAAUCGGUUAAUGAUGUCAUUUAAUGCACAGCGCUACCGUUAGCCUGUUUGUUAUGCAGGGGCAGAUCGGAACAUCUAUGCACAUUUGAAGUCCUGAGCAGGUAACCAAAGGAUGAAUUAGAAAAAAGGCACUUAUACAUUUCACUGAUUGCCUUAGUUUUCUGCAGUUUUUAAAUCUUAACUGAACUUUGAGCUUAACAAGACCGUCUAAGGUCAUGUCAUUGGUGAAUAAACCACAAAAGGGCCAUUCACCCUGGUGACUCUUUUUAUUUCUAUUUUAUGUGUCAGGGUUUGAAUUUUUCGUCUGGCCUGUGACAUUAGUUCAGCUCACUCAUGUGCCUAACUAACUAAUCGAGGCUAGGCGCUGCAGAGGAACUUAGAUAUGACUCUCUGAAGAGCGUUUCAGUGCUUAAGAAGCCGUUUCGGUCAGCGAAGUUCGGAAUUUGUUUCACUGGAACUGCCCUUUUCACUCACCGUGUGCCUGCCAAAUCAUUUCUUAUUAUAUUUGUAUUGUAAAAUAAAGGAAUGUACUUAUUUUUUUCUUUCCCAUGAA